AUGAACUGUACAGGUGGAUCCGAGAAAUUUGACGCUGCCGCGGACGUACAACUCGCAGUUAGAAUAAAGGUUCAUCAUCAGAUGAGAAAACUCGGAGCCGUUUUAGCUGUUCCAGAUCUUCGUUAUCAGUUGGAAUUAUAUGGAACGCUAAAAGAGUUUGUUGCAUUAGAUGGAACCACAUAUCGUGACGUUGACGUCAUGAACAAUAGCGAUUUUGCACUGUGUAAAUUAGGCUGUGGAUCACCAGGAUUUACUGAAUUAAAGUUAGAACCAUUUAAACGAGGCCAAACAGCUUACCUUGCGAUCACCAGUCAGAAAAACUAUUCAGCGCCUUCGGUGAUGUCGAUGACUUCGCCGUCAGUGCGCAAUGUGUUAUUACUCUGUGCGAAUAGCGCCGAAAACAAUGGCAGUGUAUUCUGGAGGAUUGAGUUGGACAUCCAGAAUAGGAGUACUGAUGGAAUGAUGGCACAUUGGGUAGAAGCUGUUCGACGAGACAACAGUAGUCAUGACACCGACACGGUUGUCUUCAGCGCAUGGGCAUAUUCUUCAUACGUUGAUUUUUCUGGUGUGGUAAACGUAAAAAAUGCAUCGAUACAAUUUCGGGUAGCAUCAUUUAAUGGAAGUGGAUACAUUGGUGAUGUUGUGAAAUCUCAAUGGUAUAGCGAGUACCAACUCGUUGGCGGUAACUACAUAGAGAUGAUGAUCGCCGAAGAGAUGUGGAGAGAUGAAUUAGCAGCAGCUCGAGUUCUGUUUAAAUAUUCACGGACAUCUUCUUGUUCAUUAGUGUUGUCGUACAAUUCACACAUGGGAAUCGAGCAACGUAUGGAUUUUGUGAUGGAUCGUUCCCGAGGUUUUCUUUUGGAUCGGCUUGCGUUUGAUCAUCCGUACACAUUACGUCUAUGGCAUUUUGGUGCUGCAACGACAGCAGCAUAUUCUUCGUAUGAAUUUCGUACAUCUACUUGCCUGAAAAUGGUUAACGAUCCGACGCUAUGUGCACCACCACCAGUGAGCGACAUAUCAUGGACAUGGGAUUCGACCGAGCAAGAUAGAAAUCGAGUGGUGGUGACAUGGAUUUAUGGAUCACCGACUCAAAUGAUUGAAGAUGGAACACGAGUGGAGCGGCACGACUCUAUCGUACCAGUUGUAACGACGUUUCCUCGCAUGGUACACUUUGACAUUGCCAUCAAUCCGCUGGUCACCGUUUCACAAUAUCAAUGCCAAUUCCUAGAUGGACAGCGGCGGGUCGUCACAUGGACUCAUAGAUCCGUGGUUAUAUACGUUCCUAAUGAACACUGUAACUACGGUAUUGAAAUCACCGUGGUGGAUUCACGAAAUCGACGAAGUGUGACUACUAAGACACAAGUGAUUCGCUACGAAGAAAAGUAUCAAAUGCUUUUACCUCCUAAUGGAUGGAAUACUGGUCUGGUGCUAUCAUUAUUAUUUGAACCAUGUAAUGGUGGAACUCUAUCGUGCUUUCUGAAUGAUGCCAGAAGAUCACUUUGCAAUCGUACUGUCAUCGAUAUGCCGUCUCAUGAUUAUCAAGUACAUUUCUUAGCUUAUCAUCUUCAUCGAUUUGCCUUCAAUAUCGCUCAAGCACUGGCUUAUCUUCACGACCAGCACUGUAUUCAUUUACAUAUCACGGCCGAAAAUGUGUACUUGGCAUUGGAUUACAGCGAUCCGUUAGAAAUUCCAUGCGACCAGUCGGUAAAACUUGGAGAUUUCUGCUGGGCCACCGUACCACAUGUGAAAUGCAGUCGAAUUCUUUCGCCGCAAUCAUUUCUACCACCGGAAGGAAUAAUCAGCGAUGAUGACUACACAACGGCAGUUGAUGUCUGGCAGUACGGUUUGCUACUUGCGGGAAUGGUAACAUUAAACUCAGCAAAACCGCUGCUUUGCUUACAGACAGAUAUCGUUUUCACGGAUAGAUUAAUAAAGAACUUCUAUACGAGUCUUUCAUCUGGAAUACGUCAAUUUGAUCCUUACGUUUCGUCGUUGAAGAGCAAGAUUCUAAUGUGUUUAUCGUCAACCACUCGAAAUCGAUCAACUAUGAGGAGAAUUGAGAAAGAGAUCAUCUCGUUAAAUUUUUCGGCUCCGGUUUCAAUGGCCGGUACGAGUUCGGUGCUUCUAUGA